AUAUAUACAUACAUAUACAUAUACGCACACGCAGUAUAUACACAUACCAAAACACAUAUACAUGCUGUAUAAUCAUGGCUUGCUUCCUGUUUAGUGUUUAUCUUCUGAGCAUGCGCAGUGGUGAACCGGAACUGCCCUCCUCGUCUCCCAGGGUUACCAUCAACAAUAGCUAAGUUAGCCAGUUAGCUAACAUAUCUAUAGUUAGCCCACUGUAGCACUGUCCAUGUGUCUUUAUCGACCAUUUUUUGAAUAGCUGUACGUUUUCAGGAUGACAAAUCAGCAGAUCGGGACACUGGCUUACACGAAAAGCCCGAAAACAUCGAGAAGAACAACAUUUCAGGAUGAGCUCCAGGCUGCUGUGUCUGCAAGGUCAAGCAAAACAAAAACAGAUCAACACUCGUACUCUGAUGACUUCAAUGAAGAUGAAGAUGAUUUUUUUAAUAAACUCCUCAAAUCAAGAAAGAAGAAGGCUGGUGCGCUUAAGGCUGCGAAGAGUAAAUCCAAAAUCAACGACUUUGAGAUUUCAGACGAUGAAGGCACACACGGUAGGACGAAGAGAGUUUCUUUUCUGAAAACCCCAAAAAUCGGCUCUCCAUCGGAGGACACAACGGCGUCAGAGUCACGUGAAAACGAGCCGCCUGACUCUUCCACCGGUCAUCACGACAAUUAUAAAGACUCAUUUUCCUCACAACACUCCACAAACGUCAGUGACGAUAACAUACGAUUUAAAAGCAGUGAUGUGGAGUCUACCAAUCCUCAAAUCACAAGAGAGAGCUCAAGUAAAUCUCUGUCAUACCAUACAUCAGAUGACACUCUAAUGGACAUGUCAUUGCCCUUACCAUCUGACAACAGUGUGAUAGAAACUCCAGGUCCUGAAGAGAAGAGCAACUCUGUUCUGGAAGGAAGCUCUCAGACUCCGCAGAUAUCAGCAACUGAUCUCAAACAAGUGUCCGCAGCAGAUACCGAGAGGGAGCCACCCAAGCCUAAACCGAGGCAAAGGACUCUUGGGUUGAACCUUCACGUUACGGAGAAGAUAGCAGAAGAUGCUGAAUCUCAUGAUCUCAGCAGGCCCCAGACUUCCUCUGCAUCUAUUCCCCUCUCUUCUGACACGUCCAGCAACAUCGCCUGGUCAGAAAAAGAUCACGCCAUUUCAUGCAGCCUCAGCAAAUCCUCUUCAAGUAAGGGUGAGCAGUCACAGAUCCUCACCAGGUCCACAGUUGAUUCUGGAUCCAGAGAUGGCUUUAUGACCGAUGACAGCAAAGAGCAGGAGAGACAGUACUCCACAUCAUUUGAAGAGUUUAAUGUAGAGUCAGGAGAUCCCUCACAUCAACUCUCUCACGAAAAAUCAUUUGAUACCAGGACAUCAAGUUCUCACUCUAAGACCACUCAGAGAUCUCAGAGUGUGUGCUCCAGGAAGGUGGAAUCAAAGUAUUUGGGAACUCUCAAACUUCUGGAUCGUAAAAUCUCACUAGAGGAGUCUCAGCCUCCAGCAGCAGAUUCACUCAGAGCUGCCGUUUACCAGGAAUGGCUUCAAAGGAAAAAGGAAAAGUCAAGAGAGAACAUGCAGCUACAGAAGAAAGAGGAAAUCCUGAAAGAAAAAAAGAAAAGGGAAGAAGAGGCUAAAAAGGGAGAUGCUGUUGCAUCAUACGAGGCUUGGAAAGAAACGAAAGCAGCGAGUCUCAAAGCAAAAGUCAAAGAAAAGCAAGAUACGAUCAGAAAAGAGCAAAGAGCGAUUGAAGAGAAAGAAGAAAAAAAGCAAUCUGCUAAAAAGGUGUUUGAACAAUGGAAACAUGGGCAUGAUCAUCUGCUCAAAGAAAAGUCUAGAAAACAAAGGGAGGCUGAAAGUAAACUUCAAUUUAGAAAAGAAGAGAAGGAGGAAGAAAGAAAGAGAGACAGCAAAUCUGCUUUUUCUGACUGGCGUGAAAAGAAGAAAGAUGUUCUCCAUGAAAAAGUCACGAUGGAGCGUGAAGAAAUCAAAAAUAAAGCUGAGGAGGAGUGCUACAUGAAAGAAGAGAGAGAUCAAAUGGCUUUAGAGAUGUACGAACACUGGCUGGUACGAAAACAUUUAGAACAGAAGAGACAAAGAGAAGAAAGACGAAUACAAGCAAUACUCCAAGACAGUCCACCUCCUCCAUGGAGCCCUCCAAAUAAAACAAUACCGUUUCGAAAAUAAUGUUUGAAACGUAACAUACCACCCUUAAAAUAUUUGUGGGUCCUAUGUUACAUUUGAGGCUAUACAUUUUGUACUGUAUGUUGUAUUUUAAACUUAGUUGAUGGCAGCUGCUAAAUAUGCUUUAUGCUUUUUAUAUAUUUUGUAAAUUUUAUAGGUUUUGUAUUAGCCACCAGCUCUAGUGCAAGUUUAUAUUUUUAUAUGUUUUUUAGGUGAAAUGUUGCAGUAUGUUUAGAAAGUUGGAAAAAAUUGUGUUCCCGUGACAUGGUGACAUGUCAAUAUCAAUAUAAAUGUGGUGUUCUGUUGUCACCAUGUUAUACAUCUGAAUGUAAAGUAGCAAUAAGAAAAAAGUAUCGAUAUAAAAGGUUAAUAUAAUUGA